AUGUCAUCGUACUGGUGGUUGAAAGAACACAAUGAAGGUUCGCUACUUCGAGUAGCAGUUUUUGAAGGUUUGUCGUUGACUGAUGGAAAUGUGGCAUCCAGUGUUUCUCAAGUUGAAUUGCAAGCAGAACGUGCCAGUCGUGAACACUCAGCUCAUUUACUUGUUUUUCCUGAAUUAUUUCUAUCAGGAUAUGGACUAAGUCACGAAGUCACUUUAUCAGCUGCCCGAUAUAUUAUUCAAGAGAAAGUAAUUCUUCGUCUGCAACACGUAGCAAGUCAAUUUUCUAUUGCUCUCUUAAUAUGUUAUCCAGAAUUAGUCGAUGAGAAAUUAUAUAAUUCAGCAACAUUAAUUAAUGAACAUGGCGAAUUAUUGCUUACAUAUCGAAAAACUCAUUUAUGGGCCAAUAAAGAACGUCAAUUAUUUGUUGAAGGAGAUCAACUAUCACCUGUUGUUGACAUAAGAGGUGUUCGAGUAGCGGUCAUGAUAUGUUAUGAUAUGGAGAUUGGUGAAGUAGCACGUAGUUUAACUCUUCUCGGAGCUCAACUUAUACUCGUACCCACUGCUUUAGCUGCGUCACCAGCAAAUGAAAAUAUCACACGUUUUAUGGUAUCAACUCGAGCUUUUGAGAACCAUGUUUGGCUUGCCUACGCAAAUUUAGCUCCACCUCAAUUCGUUGGUCUCUCACAAAUUGUUGGACCAGAUGGUAAUGAAUUGUGUCGAGUUGAAAAGGAUUCGCUCAUAGUAGCUGAUCUUAUUCCUAAAAAUUAUUUACAUGCAAUACAAGGAACACCUUAUUUAGCUGAUCGUCGGCCGUGUCUUUAUUCGACUAUUGCUGAUCAAAAAUAUCUCGUUAAAUUACCGAUCGAUUAUAAAUAUACGAAUGACUAA